AUGCUGGGGCCCUGCAUGCUGCUGCUGCUGCUGCUGGGCCUGAGGCUACAGCUCUCCCUGGGCAUCAUCCCAGUUGAGGAGGAGAACCCGGACUUCUGGAACCGCCAGGCAGCCGAGGCCCUGGGUGCCGCCAAGAAGCUGCAGCCUGCACAGACAGCCGCCAAGAACCUCAUCAUCUUCCUGGGCGACGGGAUGGGGGUGUCUACGGUGACAGCUGCCAGGAUCCUAAAGGGGCAGAAGAAGGACAAACUGGGGCCUGAGAUCCCCCUGGCCAUGGACCGCUUCCCAUACGUGGCUCUGUCCAAGACAUACAAUGUAGACAACGUGCCAGACAGUGCAGCCACAGCCACGGCCUACCUGUGCGGGGUCAAGGGUAACUUCCAGACCAUCGGCUUGAGUGCAGCCGCCUGCUUUAACCAGUGCAACACGACACGCGGCAACGAGGUCAUCUCCGUGAUGAAUCGGGCCAAGAAAGCAGGGAAGUCAGUGGGAGUGGUAACCACCACAUGGGUGCAGCACGCCUCACCAGCCGGCGCCUACGCCCACACGGUGAACCGCAACUGGUACUCGGACGCCGACGUGCCUGCCUCGGCCCGCCAGGAGGGGUGCCAGGACAUCGCCACGCAGCUCAUCUCCAACAUGGACAUUGACGUGAUCCUAGGUGGAGGCCGAAAGUACAUGUUUCCCAUGGGGACCCCAGACCCUGAGUACCCAGAUGACUACAGCCAAGGUGGGACCAGGCUGGACGGGAAGAAUCUGGUGCAGGAAUGGCUGGCGAAGCACCAGGGUGCCCGGUACGUGUGGAACCGCACUGAGCUCAUGCAGGCUUCCCUGGACCCGUCUGUGACCCAUCUCAUGGGUCUCUUUGAGCCUGGAGACAUGAAAUACGAGAUCCACCGAGACUCCACGCUGGACCCCUCCCUGAUGGAGAUGACAGAGGCUGCCCUGCGCCUGCUGAGCAGGAACCCCCGCGGCUUCUUCCUCUUCGUGGAGGGUGGUCGCAUCGACCAUGGUCAUCAUGAAAGCAGGGCUUACCGGGCACUGACUGAGACGAUCAUGUUCGACGACGCCAUUGAGAGGGCGGGCCAGCUCACCAGCGAGGAGGACACGCUGAGCCUCGUCACUGCUGACCACUCCCACGUCUUCUCCUUCGGAGGCUACCCCCUGCGAGGGAGCUCCAUCUUCGGGCUGGCCCCUGGCAAGGCCCGGGACAGGAAGGCCUACACGGUCCUCCUAUACGGAAACGGUCCAGGCUAUGUGCUCAAGGACGGCGCCCGGCCGGAUGUUACCGAGAGCGAGAGCGGGAGCCCCGAGUAUCGGCAGCAGUCAGCAGUGCCCCUGGACGGAGAGACCCACGCAGGCGAGGACGUGGCGGUGUUCGCGCGCGGCCCGCAGGCGCACCUGGUUCACGGCGUGCAGGAGCAGACCUUCAUAGCGCACGUCAUGGCCUUCGCUGCCUGCCUGGAGCCCUACACCGCCUGCGACCUGGCGCCCCCCGCCGGCACCACCGACGCCGCGCACCCGGGGCCGUCCGGGGUCCCCGCUUCGCUGCCUCUGCUGGCCGGGACCCUGCUGCUGCUGGGGACGGCCACUGCUCCCUGA